GAACUGCUUUGUGGAGCUGGGGUAAAAUUCUGAAGUACCUUAAUUAAAACCAGCCAAAUGAAAGGCCCCAAACCACUUCCCACAUGGUUCUUUGAACAUCUUUAGCAUGAAAUGGGCCUGGGCCACUCUAAGCCUCACCCUAGAGUGACCAAAGUAGCGCCUUUGCAAAACAAAGAGGAAGAAAUGCCCUCAGCCAGCCCCGUGGACUUUGCAUUCAAUCAGAAUCUGGAAGAAAAGAGUUCAUAUUUGUUCGGAGGCCUGCAGGACCGGAACAAAGCUCUAGAAAGACAGCUGCCACCUCUCCGAGAGACCGGGUAUGGAAGAUACUCUGCAGUGCCCAGGGCCAUGUAUUUUGACAUCCCACUGGAACAUGUGGAAACAAGCAUCAUUAAAAGGCAUCCACCCCGAAGACUUCAAAAACUUGAACCCAUUGACCUGCCACAAGAAAUUACUUCUGAAAGGCUCCUGAGCCAGCAAGAAGUCAAAACGACGCACAGAGCAAAGCAGGACCUGGGAAAGACAAUGCAAAUUCCAGGGUACAUGCCGGGGAAAAGACAAUAUUUACAUAAGAUGAGAAUGUUGGAAAUGAACCGUAGCAGACAAGAGGCCCAAGCAGAGUUGAAGAAAAGUCUUCACAGGGAGGCAAGAAUUAAUAAGCAAAAACCGAGGGACCAUAAAGCCAAGAAAACCCUUCAAAGAAGCAUCCCAAAAAAUGACGACAGGGACCUUCCAACCUUUCUGCCAGAUGAAACCUUGAACAGAAGUCCAGAUUUGGGGGAACAUCAAAUAUGGAAUGACUGUUGUCCCCGGAAAAUUGGCAAAAUGGAAAUGUGGCUCCGUGAACAAGAGGCUCGGGGACAGCUUCUCUGGGACAGUUCUAGCUCUGACUCAGAUGAGUUGACGAAAAGCAAGAAGAAACCACAAGCACUGGUGAGGACAAGGACGGAGAGAAUCACACUUUUUGAUGAGUUUUUUGAUCGAGAAUAAAAAUGCUACUCACUGACCUAGAAA